CGGACGCUAUACGCGUAGCUCUGCUGGCACCAUAUCUUGGCCAGCUGCGCCCUAUAAAUGUGUCCUGUGCGGCCGGAAAUCGAUGUGCUGUUGAGUCAACAGCCUGCCAUGCUACCACGAUAGCAUUCACCUCGACCUUUCACAGCGCUCUGAACGGCGAAUGUGAAAGAGCACGAGGCUCGCCUCUUCAAUUUGUCACCCAUGAGAACAAGAACGAUUCUCCUUUGAGAUACCUCACGAACGUGGACCGCAAUCGAACAAGUCGCUACAGGAGCACUCAUGGAUACCCAGCCCGCAGCGUUCGGCAAUGACGCCACCUUGACCGACUCAGCACCGGCGACUGUGACUAACGCGACGAAAAGUCAUACAAACGAAGCACUUCACGAUAUAGCGUUCGGCAGCAUCGCGGGCCUCGUGGGCAAGAUCGUCGAGUACCCGUUCGACACGGUCAAAGUCCGCCUCCAGUCGCAACCGGACCACCUGCCGUUGCGAUAUAGCGGUCCGUUGGACUGUUUUAAGCAAAGCAUCCGACAAGACGGCUUUCGUGGACUGUAUCGUGGAGUCAGUGCUCCGCUUGCUGGCGCUGCGGCGGAGACGGCGUGCUUGUUUUGGAGUUAUAGUCUUGCCAAAGACCUUCUGCAGACAACGAGUCUCUUCAAGCGUACCACGAGCGGAGGCGAAGACUUGCCGUUAGCAGGACUCAUCACCGCUGGUGCUAUGUCAGGAGGCAUCACUUCGUUCCUGUUGACGCCCAUCGAGCUGGUCAAAUGUCGGAUGCAGGUGCCUCUACAGUCCCCUGUGGAUCCCACCUUGCACGCCGGGAUUCCACUCUCCUCCAAGUCGCUGUCUCCUUUCGCCGUAAUACGCGACGUCUUCCGCCGAGAAGGCAUCAGCGGGUUCUGGCGCGGACAGCUAGGAACCUUUCUCCGCGAGACGGGAGGCACAGCCGCGUGGUUCGGAGGCUGGGAAGCGAGCUCACUCUACCUCAAGUCCCGCAUCGCCCAACGUACAAGCACCGCCGUGGCAGAUGUGCAGCUACCGCUCUCGCAGCAAAUGCUCGCUGGAGCUAUAGCAGGCAUGGCGUACAACUUCCUGUUCUAUCCGGCGGAUACUAUCAAGUCUAAGAUACAAACUGGAGAACUGUCUCAGCAUGGCGCGCGGCAAACGUUCCUGUCGGUCGGCAAGGCUUUGUGGCGCACGCAUGGGUUCAGAGGGCUGUAUCGUGGGUGCGGCAUCACGGUGGCCAGGAGCGCGCCUUCUUCGGCGUUGAUCUUCACUAUCGUUGAGAGGUUGAAGCAGGCGUUUGGAUGAUGAAAUGACCGCCUAACGAUACCAAAGUCGCUGAACGGUGGCUUGCAGCAGAGGUGCUCAACAUGCAUAGCAUUGGGGAAUGACAUUUGACGGACGCAUAGCGAUGGUGUUGACAGAGGCCGGGUUGCCUACAUUGCGGCAUGGCAAGCGCAUGUGGAGCCAUUGGGGUGUGCAUGGGAGGAAGCGUUAAUGGCAAGGUCGGGCAAGAUCUAGACGGUGAAGGUCAGGUAUCCUCCCGGCCAACCGCUUGAACUGUACGCUACCUUCAAGCACCGAGCCGGUUUCCCAUACAUUACCCGGUUCGCCAACAAUGUCAAGCUCGUUUGUAAACUCGACAACCGAUAUGUAGCGGGGUGACCGGCGGAGAAAACGGGGUGGCCGGCGGGUGUGCUGAGAGAGGGUAGCGGUAAAGGAGCGAUGACUGGGAUGACGGAUGGUUUGCUCCUGAUAAAUUACCUCGCUCCUUGCGUUUAUGCCGUACAUGUUGCC